AUGAUGAGGCAGGUACCGCAAUGGGGCAAGGACAUGACGAGCUCGCUUGCCUUUGCCCCGUGUUCACAUUCAUUGUUCCAACCCCCCCUGUUCACCCUUGCUCGCCGUUUCAACCUUCACCCCACCCCUCAACCUUCACCUCCCACCCUUCACCUCUCGCCCUUUGCCUCUCGCCCUUUGCCUCCUGCCUGCCACCCCUCCCUUCCUUUUUCUCAGUACCCACCCGCCAACAGCACCAGCACAAGGGUGAGCAUGAGGAGGGGUGAGCAUGAGGACGUGAAUGGGCCCAACAAGCCAUGGACAGGCUCAGCGAGCAUCGAACGGGUCCAGCGAGCACCUGAACAGGCUCAACAAGCACCCGAACAGGCACAGCCAGUGACAAACAAGCCCAACGAGCAGCGAAGGGACAAAUGGGCCCAGCGAGGGAUGAAUGAGCCCAACGAGGGAUGA